AUGGCAGAUAACACAAGAAUAAGGGAUUUAGCACAUCGAUUGGAUGCUUUGGAACAACAAAACCAUCGAUUAGAUCUACUAGAACAACAGUUGCGUUCUGCAGAACUGGUUGCUUUGGAACACAAGAAUAAGGGAUUUAGCACAGCGAUUGGAUGCUUUGGAACAACAAAACCAUCGAUUAGAUCUACUAGAACAACAGCUGCGUUCUGCAGAAUUGGAAUUUUGGGAUCUGGACCAAGUUUUAAAUCUUACACCAAUAAUACAGAUCUGGUUACUUUUUGCCCUCUUAAGCUUACUUUUCCACGAUUUAAUUCUGGUGAUCCAACUUCAUGGUUUUUUUGGGUGGAUAGAUAUUGCCAAUAUUAUAGAAUCAGUGAAAAGGAACGUUUAUUAAUUGUUGCAUUCCAUCUAGAUGACCUUGCAGCUUGCUGGUUUAGGGGACUGAGUGAUGAAGGGUUACUACCCACUUGGGCUGCAUUUGUCACUGUGCUACACAGGCGCUUUGGGCCAUCUGAAUUCGAUGAGCCCAUAGGUACCCUUGCUAAACUUCAGCAGCAAGGUUCUGUGGCUGAGUAUCAAUCUGCAUUUGAGGCUGCGGUCAGCAAGGUCCCUGGCCUCUCUGCCACUAUGAAACGUGGCCUGUUUAUUUCAGGACUUAAAUCUCGCAUUCGCCGUUUGGUUUUACCUCAAAGGCCAGGUGAUUGGCAUGAAGCGUUGGCUCUAGCUAAAGUUUUUGAAGACCAUCUUAGUGAUGAAAAAUCCAUACGCCCUUGGAUGGCUAAACCGCCUUUUUCUCCAUCCUAUAAUUCCCAAUUUCCUUCAUCGUCCCAUACAAAACCCUUUCAACCUUUAGCCCUCCCAAACCCCAACUCCACAAAACCCAUCCCAGCUAUCACCAUUCGCCGUUUAAGUCAAGCAGAGAUGCAAGUGAAAAGAGAUAAGGGUCUAUGUUUCAAUUGUGAUGAGAAAUUUGUUUAUGCCCACAAAUGCAAGGCACGCGCUUCAUUAUUGUAUUUAGAAGGACUUGAGGAGGAUGAACCCCCUGAUACUGGUGAUCCAGUUCCUGAAACAAACGCACACAUAGAAGAGAUCGAGGAGAUUCCCGAAAUCAGUUUUAAUGCUUUAUUUGGCACUUAUUCCUCAAAGUCAUUCAGGUUAUUGGGCAUUGUGAUGGGCCAGUCGGUCCAAAUCCUAAUUGACGGUGGCAGCACACAUAAUUUUAUCACUCCUAGAGUAGCUACUCACUUACACCUUACAUUGAUAUCUAUUCCACCAUUUAAUGUGCAGGUGGGGAACGGUGACUCACUUACUUAUUCAGCCAUGUGUCAAUCGGUUCCUUUAGACAUUCAAGGUCACCGAUUCUCAGUGGACUUAUUUGUCUUGGAAUUACAAGGGGCUGAUAUGGUAUUUGGUGUCCAAUGGCUAUCAACUUUGGGACCUAUUGUGACUGAUUACCAAAAGCUGACAAUGGGCUUUGUAUUUCAAGGGGUACACGUCGUUCUUCAAGGAGAGCAACAGAUUGCAGUAAGCUUGAUUACUUCCUCUCAAUUGCACAAAUUAGUGGCUCAGAAGUCUCUGGAGUCUUGUAUUAUGUGCUUGUUUGCUAUGGCUGCACCACCAACUUCUGCCUCACCGAAACAGAAUGACUGUGAGCAGAACCCUGAAGUCCAAACCUUAUUGGACCAAUACAGAGACGUCUUUGCCGCACCCAAUUCCCUACCUCCAGAUAGGCCCAAUAACCAUUGCAUACCAUUAAUUCCUGAUGGAAAACCUGUCCAGGUUCGUCCAUAUAGAUACCCGCAUUUCCAAAAGAAUGAGAUAGAGAAACUGGUUGUCAAAAUGUUACAAAAUGGGGUUAUUCGUCCUAGCCAGUCUGCUUUUAGUUCCCCGGAACAUAUUAGUCACUUAAACCAAGUGCUCCACAUAUUAUGGAUUCAUACACUGUUUGCCAAAUUGUCUAAAUGUUUGUUUGCUCAACCCUCCAUACAAUUCUUGGGCCACAUUAUUUCAGGCAACGGUGUAGCACCGGAUCCUAGUAAGUCCAAAGCGAUCUUAGAGUGGCCUAUUCCAACCUCAGCUACUCCAGUCAGAGCCUUCCAGGGUCUCUCUGGCUACUAUCGUCGGUUCAUACGCCAUUAUGCUUGUAUUGGCGCCCCAGUGACUGACCUCUUGACAAAGGAAGGUUUUAGCUGGUCCUCAGCUGCUGAAGAAGCAUUCACUAAGCUUAAAAAGUCGCUAACAACAGCACCUAUUUUGGCUUUGCCAAAUUUCAAAGAACCGUUCGUGGUGGAAAUAGAUGCUUCCGGUAUCGGAGUAGGUGCGGUUUUGCUUCAAAAUAAUCAUCCUAUUGCUUUCUAUAGUAGGAAGUUGGCCCCCACUAUGCACACUAAGUCUACGUAUAUUCGCGAAAUGUUCGCUAUUACAUCCGCAAUGGCUAAAUGGAGACAGUACCUAUUGGGGGUACCCUUUACCAUUCGAACAGAUCAUAAGAGCUUGCACAACCUCAUGAAUCAAGUUGUUCAAACAUCGGAGCAAUAG